AUGACGUUGCCUGAAACGGACACUCUUUUUGACGACUUCCCAGUGGACAUCUUUGGACAAAUUCCGUCCCUAAACAUUUAUACACAGAUAUGUCUCUGUUACUCAAUUGAUAGUGACACAGAUGAGGAAUCCAUAAUAUCAACUUUAAAAGAUGGUCUCCAAAGACUGAAAGAAAAAUUUCCUUGGACUGCAGGACAAGUGGUUAAUGAGUCCGGUGUAUUUAGGAUAAGACCGUUAGAGGGAGUUUCGCAGCUGUUGGUCAAAGAUUUACGGAAUGAUAGUGCAGCUCCCACAGCUCCCACAAUGGAGUCUCUUAGAGAGUCGGAAUUUCCAAUUCACAUGCUUGAUGAAUCGCUCAUUGCUCCUCGUAGGACACUUCCUGGUCAUCCUGAUGAAGCUAGUUUGACGGAACGGCCCGUUUUUAUGGUUCAAGCUAACUUUAUUUCUGGUGGUCUACUACUGACAUUCAUCGGACAGCAUAACGCUAUGGAUAUGAUUGGUCAAGAGCGGAUAGUGAGCCUGUUCUCCAAAGCAUGUCAUAACGAGACUUUCUCGUCUGAUGAGUUGAAUAUAGGAAACCUUCAUCGUAGCGGCAACAUUCAAUUGAUUGAUGCACCUUUAGAGACCUUACCUUAUAACAGUUUGAGCACCAGUACUCGUUUGACAAGUGAGACAGCUUCAAAAGAUACUUCUUGGGGAGAUGAAUCCACCAAUAAUAAAGAUAGCAAAGACGGACCGACUUCUUGUUCAUGGGCGCUUAUUAAAUUUUCAGCCAAUGCCCUGGCAAACCUUAAAGCCAUAGCCAAUAACGACAAAACUACCGAGUUCAUUUCCACUGACGAUGUUUUAACUGCAUUUACGUGGCAGGGUAUUAUACGAGCGCGUCUUAAUAAUCGAUUAGAGACUUCACGUACUGUGAAACUUGCUCGAGCAAUUGAUGUUAGAGAAUAUGUGGGUUUGCCUGCCAAGUAUCCAGGAAUUGUUCAAAACAUGUCUAUACACUCUCUUACCCUACAAGAAAUAUCCGACGAGCCUCUUGGAGUUGUGGCUUCGAACCUCCGCGCUGUCCUAGAUCCCAAGACAUCACAUCUCGGCUAUGAUACUAGGGCUAUUGCUACUGUGCUUACAAGAGCACCUGACAAGUUUGUUUCAUUUGCAUCUAGCCUCGACCUCAAGACUGAUAUCAUGUUAAGUUCAUGGGCCAAGGUUAACUUUUUUAAUCUUGAUUUCAAUCUCGGACUGGGUAAACCAGAGUCUAUAAGACGACCACAGUUCACCCCUGUUGAGAGCCUGAUAUAUUUCCUGCCUAAAUCACCUGAAGGCGAUAUUGUCAUUUGUCUGUGUUUGGCAGAUGCUGACUUAGAAAAGCUUCAAUCUGACCCACUUUUUGCCAAGUAUGGUCACUACAUCGGUAAGAGAGGGUAA